UUCAACCAUCAAUACGAGCGAGUCGCAUAGUAAAUAAAAACAUUAUUUACCAACAACAUUUAGAUUUUCAUAAACUAGUUUUUCUUAGUAAAUCCUUUCUUCUCUCAAUACUUAAGUGAACUAUGCAUUUACCAAGUUAUAAUAUAAUACCCUACUCGACAUUUAUUUUAUUUUACUAAAGUCUUAAUGGCGCGCGGCCGCUCGUGGUCAGCAAAGGGUGCGUGAUGCGCCGUAAUUCUCCUUGGUUACUGGAGGGGGACUAUCCCACAACAUUUCGUGCUGAAAAAUGUCGUUCACCGAGGACCGCAUUGAGCAAAUUAUUGGCAGAUUUGGCAAAUACCAAGUGUGGAUAUUAUUUCUGGUGACUCUGGGACGGUAUCCCGCCGAAUUCCAGCUCGUGAACGUGGUGUUCAUAGUUCCUGGCGUGGAGUUCGUGUGUAAAGACGCAGACGCCUUCAACGUGACCAACCACUGCCCUUGCCAACAACCGGAGUAUGAACAGAGCACCAUCCUCAGCUCGGUGACGACCGAAUGGAACCUCAUAUGCAACAGGAGCCACCUCGCGAGUUUAGCGCAGUCUAUACUCCAGAUUGGUAUUCUGGCUGGUAGUUUGGCAUUUGGACACAUUUCUGACAGAUACGGACGUAAAAUCGCUGUCGUGCUUGCACUGUUUCUUGAAGCAGUAUUUGUCACACUUUCAGCGUUUGUGACCGAUUACUGGAUGUUCAUGGUCAGCCGGUUCUUGAUCGGCACAGCGCUCGGCGGGACCAUGCUCUGCUGUUUUGUGCUCCUGGUUGAGCUGAGCGGGCGCACGAUGAGGCCCUACAUCAUGGGGCUGUGCGAGGUUCCCUACGUGUCGGGGUACGUGGCGCUGCCGAUAAUAGCGUACUUCGUGAGGGAAUGGCGGCCCCUGCAGCUGGUGACGGGCGCGCCCUGGUUGCUCACGCUCGCCUUCUACUGGAUGCUGCCGGAGUCUCCCCGCUGGCUCAUUACCGUCGGAAGGAAAAAGGAAGCCAUAGAACUUCUUACUUAUAUAGCCAAAAAAAACAAUCGCCCGACUGACAAUAUCGAAACCAUUGUUAAUGAAGUGGAGAAGGAAUCAAUGUCGACAAAUGAGAAUAAACAUGGCAGUUACAUCGACCUCUUCAAAACCCCAAAGAUCAGAAAAUACACUAUAAUUUCUGCGUUAGUCUGGAUGUGCUGCUCCCACACCUUUUUCGGGAUAAACCAGUACGUGGGUUAUCUUCAGGGCAAUCUGUACGUAAACGUGAUAGUGACAGCCGCCAGUAACGCCCCUGGAGUGAUCAUAGUAGUGAUUGCUACAGUGUACUUCAAAAGAAGAGCGACUCUCAUAGCGAGCUUCGCUAUCGCUGGAGCAUCGUUUGUAGUUUUCGUCUUAGUCCCGAGCCACUUACAGUGGGUCACCCUAAUGUUUGCCAUCAUUGGCCAAAUGGGUGUUUACACUGCGUUCAUGCAAAUAUACAUGUAUUCAUCGGAAAUGUUUCCUACUGUAGUGAGAAACUCUGCACUGGGUUUCUCAUCAGUAUUCGCCAGACUUGGUGGAUUCAUAGCGCCAUAUGUGGUCAAUAUUGGCAUAGAAUGGGCGUCAAUACUCAUAUUCAGUGCAGCGGCAUUUGGAGCAGCGAUCUUGUGUUGCUUCUUCCCAGAAACUAAAGGAGUUGUUUUGUCGAACGCAAUAGAUCAGGUGGAAGACAAAGACAAAAGCUCAACUGAAAAAAUGUAUCUUGCACCUCCAUCACCAAAUACGUAAUAUCUGAUUACUCAUAGUUAGCAUAAUAAAUUAUCAACGUAAGUAUAAUUUGACUUUAAUCUCAUAUCAUUUUAUUGUGUGCCACCAAACCACCACACCAUGCACAUAACCUUAAUAUGAAUGUAGGCUACAGUCGAGUUCGUCUACAUCUACACAUUUCGCUAAGAUAUUUUUGCUCUCGCAAGUGUGUAAAUGUGAACGAACCCGACUGUCUAUUGUACUUGGAUACCCGCAUAUUCCUUCCAAGCGAUUGAAAUCAAUUGUAAAGAAUGAGGCGAUUGUUAUCAUGCCAGUGAUACCGGGAACUGGAAUGAUGCUUCAACUGGUUCUCUGUAUGCCGACAUUGCCGACGCUACGUUUUGUU